AUGUCUUUUCUCGGUGGGCCAGAGUGCUCGACUGCGGGCAACCCGCUCAGCCAGUUCACAAAGCAUACCCAGGAAGACAACAGCCUGCAGAGAGAUCGUCUUCGAAAUGGAACUCCUCAGGGAGGUAUGGGCGGUUUUAGAAGCGCCGCCCAACAUGGAGCACAGGAUGAGAUGAUGAACGGGUUCCUGCAACAGAAUGGACGAUUACCCGAUAUGCCGCUUGAAGGUAUGAACCAGAUACGAUUAGACCACCCUGCCCAUGGCGUGCAUCUACGAGCCAACUCGACCUCACCCGCGUGGGCCAACGAAUUUCAACACAACCCUCAGGCUGCUAUGGAAUCCGCCUUCAAGGUACCCCAGGGCACGCAAUUCGGCCCCGAAGACUACGCCAAGUUUCAACGAAUCACUGGUCAAUCAAAUUCGUCACGCGCAAGCCCUAUGCCCUCGGGCAUGCAAUAUCAAAGUCCUAUGAUGGGCAUGGGAAUGAUGAACGGCAUGCCUAUGAACUACGGUGUGAGCGGUAUGUACAACGGUCCUAUGUAUCGGCCUGCGCCCCAACAACCUGCAGAGGCGGUGGACCAAGGGAAGGGUAAAGGAAAAGAGAAGGUGGUGGAAUUGGACGACCAGCAAUGGGAAGAACAGUUUCAACAACUAGAGAUUCAGGAACAGCAAACAGGCGAACAGGACGAGGCUGCGGCACUCGAGCCAGAGCUCAACAAGUUGGACGAGGAGAUUCUGAAGUCAGAAACCAACGAGUUCGGAGACUUCGAGUCUCUUUGGAAGGGCAUCUUAGCAGACAAGGCUGCCAAUGCCGUUGAGGAUGAGGAAUGGAUUGUCCAGGAGACGGACCCCAACUGGGCUGACCGUAUCGGAGACUGGGGAUUCGGCAACAACAGGUUAAUCAAUGACCCGGAAGUGGAGAAUUACCUCUUUGAAGAGGAUAACCUCUUCAAGGAAACCGGAAACCCAUUUGAGGAGGGCAUGCGUAUCGUGGACGAGGGUGGCAAUCUUUCUUUGGCCGCUCUUGCUUUCGAAGCCGCCGUCCAAAAAGACCCCACGCACGUGGAAGCGUGGGUGCAGCUCGGUAUGUCUCAGGCUCAGAACGAAAAGGAGACUGCCGCGAUUCGUGCUCUGGAACAGGCCAAAAACCUAGACCCCAAUAACGCCCCUGCGCUCAUGACCUUGGCUGUCUCUUAUACCAACGAAGGCUAUGACAGCAUAGCUUACCGAACCCUGGAGCGGUGGCUCUCCAUCAGAUACCCCUCGGUCAUCGCCCCCGGUGAUCUAUCAUCUCCCUCCGACCUGGGCUUCACCGAGCGCCACCAGCUACAUGACAGGGUGACGCAGCUGUUUAUCAAAGCCGCUUGCCUCAGCCCGAACGGCGAGCAUAUGGACCCCGACGUACAAGUCGGUCUUGGUGUGCUCUUCUAUGGCGCCGAGGAGUACGACAAAGCUGUGGACUGCUUCUCAGCUGCCCUCGCUUCCACGGAACUCGGAGCAUCAAAUCGCCAAAACCAGAAGCACCUCCUUUGGAACCGGCUCGGUGCAACCCUAGCCAACAGCGGUAAGAGCGAGGAUGCCAUCGCCGCCUACGAGAAAGCCCUCACGCUACAACCUAACUUUGUGCGUGCCCGAUACAACCUGGGAGUCAGUUGUAUCAACAUGGGAUGCCACGCCGAGGCUGCAGGCCACCUACUGGCCGCCCUCAACAUGCACAAGACAGUAGAGAAGGAGGGCCGCGAGAAAGCCCGCGAACUUCUGGGCGGAGAUGUGAGCGAUGCCCAGCUCGAGGCCAUGACGACGCAGAACAGGAGUACCAACUUGUACGACACACUCCGUCGUGUGUUCACACAGAUGGGGAGAAGAGAUCUUGCGGAGAAGGUUAUUCCAGGUGUCGAUCCAGAGAGCUUCAGGGGGGAUAUUGACUUUUGA